AUGUUUAAGAAUAAGUUCAAGAGUGUUUUGAAACACUCGAGUAAUAAUGAUGCAAAUGCUAAAGAAGCUGUGAAUCAGAAAAAGGGAAAUGAUAAUAAUGAGCAAUCUGAGAAUCCAUCAUCUGGUUCUAAGUUUAAGAGUAUGAGACAUGCAUUCAAGUCGUCUACGAUUACUGAGGUACCAACUAUUAACUCAGGUAUGUCGAGAAUUUUUCAUACACAGCAAGUGUCUUUGUCAGGUAUACGUGGUACUAUUACUACUAUGGCGUUUGAACAAACUCAAGGUUUACUAGCAGUAGCUACAACCUCUAAAGAUGUACAUAUAUUUGGUAAUAAAGAAGUGGAAGUAGUUAUGUCUUUCGAAGGUAAAGACACUAUUAAAGAGUUGAGAUUUGUUAAAGGUAUUUACUUACUUGUGAUCUCUUCCAAGGAUAUUAUUACUAUAAUCUCUUUAUAUUCAAAACAAAUAUUGACUUCAGUUUUCGCUCCAGGUAAACUAAUAUCUGUUGAAACUGAUCCUUCUUUGGAUUGGAUUUUGAUGGGGUUGCAGAGUGGUACUUUGUUGGCGUAUGAUGUUGACCGUGAUCAAAUGUGUGAAUUUAGGGUUGAUAAUAUACAAAAGUUAAAUUUCUUUAAACAAAGUGCUAUAUCACCAAUUGUGUCGAUUCAAUGGAAUCCAAGAGAUAUUGGUACGGUUUUGAUUUCUUAUGAGCAAUCUACAAUAAUUUUUUCAUUGAUUGAAAAUACUGUCAAACAACACUUUAUAUAUGAACUACCUCCAGAUGCACCAGGUGGAGACUAUUCAUUUAAUACAAAGGAAACACGUUAUCCUAAAGUUAUUCAAUCUCUGUUUCAUCCUAAUUCUCUGCAUAUUUUGACUAUACAUGAAGAUAAUUCUUUGUGUUUUUGGGAUGCAAAUACUGGUAAAUUAAUUUUAGCUAGAACUAUACUUGAAACUCAGAUUAAUAAACCUCAAAUAGGUUUACAAAAGGCUGCCCCUGUAGGAAUUCCCAAGGUUUUGAAAGCUAAAUGGGUCUGUGCAAACAACCCAGAGUAUACUUCUUUAGCAAUAGCUUAUCAAUCUUCGAGUAGUACCAUGGGCUCCGACAAUAAUCAAAAUCUGAUUAUAUUUGACUUUGGUGGUACCCCUUCUUACACAGUAACCACUUAUGACGGUAUGAAAAAAUAUUAUUCGAAACCCAGAGGUCAAAAAAUAGUGCCUUUAAUACAACAAGGAAAUAUAAUUGAUAUGCUUCCUAUCCCAAGAGCAUCUCCAUUUUUUGCUGGUUGCCAUGAUCCAGCUAUAAUACUGUUGCUCUUUGAUAAUGGUGAACUUGGUACUAUGAUAUUUCCAAAGGGGCUUUUCACCACCAAAGCUUCAUUGUUACCUCAAAAUUUGUGUUGGUUAAGACCUCCAGUCACGAUGAUUACAGGAAUUUCUGUUCCUAAAAAGCUAUGGUUAGGUAUGAUGACUUCUCAAAGAAAUGAACAAGGUUUAUUAAAAGGUGGUUUGGCUUCGAAGAAAGAAAUGAGACUUCAGACAAUUCGUUCUGCAAUUGCUACGGGUCAUGUUAAUGGCACUGUUAGAAUUUGGGACGCAUCACAAAAGGAAUUAGAAGAUAAUUCUGUGUUUGAAGUUAAUUUAGGUAGCAUUAUAAAUACAUCUCAAGGUUUAGCCGUUACUAAUAUUUCAUUUUCACCUGAUACCUUAGAAUUAGCAGUAUCUGUUGAAUCUGGAAAUGUGAUUCUAUUUAAAUAUGAAAUGAAUCAAUACUUUAUUCCAGAUGGAAAUACGGAUAAGGCUCUUGAAAUUAAGUUAAGAAGGUUUUCAUUAAAUGAUUCGGAUGAAGUAUUAGUUGAUGUCAGAGAUAGAGCAUCAACAAGUAUAAAGAAAGGUUUUCUACCCAGUACUGCUGUUCAUGCAUGUCGAGGUAAAGUAACUGCUCUAAAGAAUAGCGGUAUUGGUUUUGUUGGUAUAGCAUAUCAAGAUGGCUCUGUCAUUGUUAUUGAUAGAAGGGGACCUGCUACUAUGUAUUUUGGAAAUGUAAAUUCUUCAAAAAUAAAUGGAAAAACUAUCACUGCAAUAGAAUUUUGUAUAAUGGAGUACGGAACUGAUGGAUACUCUAGCAUACUUAUGCUAGCUGGUAGUGAUAGUGGUGAAUUAUUUACUUACAAGAUUUUACCAGCUGGAGGCAGUAGAUUCUCCGUAGAAUUGAUAGAAGUUACUAAAACGAACGAACCUGCUCCAGUGUUAUAUAUCGGUGCUGUAGAUAAAUCCAACGGUCAAAACUGUUCAGCUACAAUUGCAAAGAUGGAUCAAUUGAGCUCUGGUAUACCAAUCCCUGGCACUGUGUUUGUUGUGACAUCAAUGGAUGCAAGAACGGUUAAACUUGGUAAAUCGAAAGAUUCUGGCAAAACGUUCAAAUAUCCUGUAUUAUCUUCAUCUCUUUCUUUUAUACCAUAUAUUGGAAGUAAAGGUGACAAUAAACUAGCUACUGUACUAGUUUCAAUGUUAGCUAAUGGAGAUGUGAAGGUAUUAUCAACACCUGAUUUGAAAGAUGUCAAAACUAUGCACAUUGGAUCUGCUACGCAAGCCAAAUACAUUCCGGAAUGUAGCGUAUUGACAAACGGUGAUAUUAUUAUCAGAAAUGGGACGCAUUCUGCAGGCUUAUAUUCUACAGUAGAUCAAAAAGCUGCUGGCCUAGAAAGCCCUAAAACUGGAAGAGACUCUAACAGCAAACCUCAACCGGAUACAUUAUAUAACCCAACCUUGCAUAUCCCAUAUAGACCUCAGGUUAACUCAAUGCAAUGGGCUAGAGGUACCGUAUAUGUUACAGAUGAUCAGCUCUCUGAAGUAUUGAGUGGCAAGAAAAGACCUCCAUCUAAGUACAAAGAAAGUGAAAUUGCAAAAGGUACUAUAACAUUGGCCCCACCAAAGAAAUCUAACCAAAAGGCGAUCGAAGAAGGUGGCAAGUACAGACCAGAGGAUAUGACGUACAAGUCCCCUGUCAGACACACACAAAGAAGUGGUGGGUAUGAUGUUAUUAAAGCAGUUACCAGAACUGUAGAGACACAGUAUGACUACGUUGAAAGUCAAUUUAAUGAAUAUACAACAGCUCUCGGUAACUCGCUUAACGAAGCAGUGGAAGAUACAAGCAAAGAUUUAAUGAAAAGUGCUAUAGGUAUCUGA